AUGAGAGAAGCUGUCAUCACGCCCGACAUCCAGGUCGAAAUCCGCGAUGUACCAACUCCCGUGCCCAAAGCCGGAGAAGUCCUUGUCCGAGUGGUUGUGUCUGGCACAAACCCUAAAGACUGGAAAGUGCCUUGUAUCUAUGUCCAACAUCCUUUGAACUCGGGAGAUGACUUUGCCGGCGUUGUCGAACAAGUUGGGGAAGGUGUGUUUGAAUUCAAACCAGGGGAUCGUGUAGCAGCACUGCAUCAGAUUGGAGCACCUGGUGGCUCAUUCGCUGAAUAUGCGCUUUCUCCUGCCACAACUACCUUUCUUAUCCCGGAAAACGUUAGCUUUGCUGAGGCAGCGACUAUGCCAAUGGCUUGCCUGGUAGCAAGCUUUGGCUUGUAUGAUGUUCUUCGACUUCCAACACCAUGGCUUUCUCCAGGAACUCUGAGCAAUCCUCUGGUUAUCCACGGCGCGGGGACUGCUAUCGGGACUUUUGCCAUAAAACUUGCCAAAGCUUCCAAUAUCCGGCCAAUCAUUGUGACUGCAGGCAAUUCAGCUGAAGAUAUUCGCGGUCUUCUCGACUUCGGUCAAGGUGAUGCCAUAAUUGACUAUCGCCAGUCAGCCAAGAGGGUGGUCGCGGACAUCCAGUCGGCCAUUCUCAAGGCUGAAAGCGGGCCUGCCUGGUGUGGACUUGAUGCUGCCACCAACGACGACGGUGCUCCCGAAUAUACGGGAAUACUCAUCGAAGCGCUGGGCACUCAGUCGGGAUUGAGCGGUAAUCGUCCUCGUGUUGCCACUGUCCAAGGUGGUGCCACCGUUUCUGGCCUUGUAGAUGGGGAUUACAUCAACGUGAUGCUGGCUCAUACUGGCAGUAAGGAACAGCGUUGCUUUGGAUCUACUAUGAGUCACUUGUUCACAAAUGGCAUGGCAAAUGGAUGGCUCACAGGGCACCCUACCGAAAUUGUGGAAGGGGGUUUGCAGAGUCUAGGGGAGGCGCUUACGAGGCUCCGAGAUGGAAAAGUGUUUGGCAAGAAGCUCAUUGUGGAAGUAGGAAAGGAGUGA